GGGUCUUCGCCUAUCAGUCUCGGAUGUACCGCGGCGCUGUAUAAACCGCCUGCUCCAAAAAUCCUGAAUACAUUUCAAUUUUGCUAUUAGCAUUCGCUACGCGCGACUCGCCCUAGGCCGUACGACGCACGCCACUGACACAUUUCUGCGGUUACGUGCGUUUAUUGAAUUUAGAACAGUUUUGGUUUUUUUAAUCGGUGCAAUAAACACUCUGUGACUCACGUGCUCUAGGAUCUUUGGUGUUUCACGGAAGAGGUUUACUUGGAAUGAUGAAGAUGCUUAUUAAAAGGCGCAGUGAUCCGUCGUUCCUUACCGUAUGGAUAUUUUUAUUACAAAUGUUGGGCGGUGGUCAUCGUGGCGCUGAAGGCCACGGGAGGCUGAUGGACCCACCCGCAAGAAAUUCCAUGUGGCGAUUCGGUUUCCCUAAUCCUGUCAACUAUAACGACAACGAAUUAUUCUGCGGAGGAUAUGCAGUCCAGUGGGAACAGAACCAGGGGAGAUGCGGCGUGUGCGGCGACGCGGACCACAUCACAGAGCCGCGACCGCACGAGGCUGGCGGGAUGUAUGGCAAGGGGAUUAUUACACGACACUAUAGCGUUGGACAGGAAAUUGAAGUGGAAAUCGAGCUGACAGCAAAUCAUCUUGGCACGUUUGUUAUGAAAUUGUGCCCCAAUAACAACCCCAAGCAAGAAGCUACUCAGGAAUGCUUUGACAGGUAUCCUCUGUUCGUGUCAGGCACACGCGAAGAUAGGUUCCUCAUUCCUCUGGAUACAGCAAAGAAAGAGGUGUUCAGAUAUAGAGUUCGGUUACCAGCUUACAUUACGUGUACACAAUGCGUGCUUCAAUGGACAUACUAUACAGGGAAUAUGUGGGGUAUAUGUCCGAACGGUACAGAAGCGGUAGGAUGUGGUCGUUCUGAAACAUUCAGGAACUGUGCUGAUAUCAGCGUUAUUACCAGCACGGGUGGUCUACCACCAGCAUUCGCCGGAGACCUGCGACGAGACAAUCCAUACUUAUUGUACUACAGGGAUUACAGUAUGCCACAGAACAUCUAUCCUCUUGUCGUCAGAGACCAAGUGUGCCUGCCUUCGGAUGGUUUCCGUAUGCUGCCAGGAAUGCAGAAUUGGUGUCAAACCAAUUGCCUUCGAUACCCGCCAAACUGCCCCGAAGCUUUGUGUCAUUGCCCACAAGUUUGCGAAUCCAUCGGCGAAUGGGAAGGGAGAGACGGGGCUGAUGUGUACUGCAUGGACUUAUGUAUCGUGUACCCACCCCGUUGUCCAAGGGACAAGUGCCUUUGUUACUAGAUCCAUUAUGAGCAUCAAAGGUGAUAACAACACAACAACUGCUAUCUUAUCUCUUAACUUAUACAAUAUACAAAAAAUGUUUAUUACUUCUUUAAAUAGCAAUAAUAGUCUUCCAAUGCAACGAAUAAUGUAAAUAUUCUAAAUAUAACCUUUGAUGUGACCUUUUUAACGUAAAUAUCGAUUUAUAAAAUCUGCCAUAAGCUGAAAUUAAUAAGGAACUACUAAAAAACUACAAAAAUACUUAGACUUCGGGUAAGUUACAGAGCUGAAUCCCAGCAUGAAAUAUAACAUAUUUUUAACAUAUAAGAGCUUAGAUUAAGGCCCACAAGGACUAAAUUCUAAACCUUAAAUUACACAGAGCAAUAUCUGACCUAUGUUUGGCGUCACCAUAGAGAGCCAUAGAGCAAAGUCUAACUUUUAUAAACAGUCACCAUAAGUAGUUUCGUCAAAACUCUUUGGUAAAACCUUUUUACUUCAACUAUUUAUAUAUUUCAUAGAAAAUCUUAAGUAGAUGGAGUAGAUAAGAAACUAAGGUGAAUUCAUUAUAUCAUAAUAUUGAUAUGUAGGUAUAAAAUGCAUUUUGCUGUAAUAAUUAAAAUAUUUUUGUACAGUUGUAUAUAUAUGAAUACUUUCAUGAAAUUGCUGCCAGAAUUAACGUUAUUAUUAAAAUUUACGUUUUAAGAUGAUUGUAAAUUAAAUGAUUUAAAUAUUAAA